CCAGCACCUCUUCAUCACUUUACUGCCACCCCGCCACAAGCAACAAGCCUCACGCCCGCCUGCGCGCCUGCGUGUGUGACUAUCACUGUGCUGUAGAGACGAUCGAGGCAAGACGGCACGAUGUCUUCCGAGCGCUUUGACUGCCACUACUGCAAGGAGUCCCUGCUGGGCAAGAAGUACAUCCUGAAGGAGGACACGCAGUACUGUGUCAAGUGCUACGAGAACCUGUUUGCCAACUGCUGCGAUGGGUGCUCCCUGCCCAUAGGAUGCAACAGCAAGGAUCUGUCCUACAAAGAGCGCCACUGGCAUGACCAGUGCUUCAAGUGUGCCAAGUGCAGUCGCUCUCUGGUGGAGAAGGCCUUCGCUGCCAAGGAUGAGCUGCUGCUGUGCACCGAGUGCUACUCUCACGAGUACUCCUCCAAGUGCAACACCUGCAAGAAGACCGUUAUGCCAGGAUCCAGGAAGAUGGAGUACAAGGGGAACAGCUGGCACGAGACUUGCUUCCUGUGCCAGCGCUGCCAGCAGCCAAUAGGAACCAAGUCCUUCAUCCCCAAAGACAACAGCUACUUCUGUGUCCAGUGCUACGAGAAGCAGUUUGCCUAUCAGUGCUGUACUUGUAAAAAGGCCAUAACUACGGGCGGGGUGACCUAUCAGGAUAAGCCGUGGCACAGGGAGUGCUUCCUGUGCAUCGGGUGCAAGAGGCAGCUGGCGGGACAGCGCUUCACCUCCCGCGAGAACUACCCCUACUGCCUGGACUGCUUCAGCAACCUCUACGCCAAGAAGUGCGUCGGUUGCACCAAAGCCAUCACCAACCUGGCUGGAGCGAAGUACAUUUCAUUUGAGGAGCGUCAGUGGCACAGCGAGUGCUUCACGUGCAUGCAGUGUUCUGUCUCCCUGGUAGGCCGCGGGUUCCUCACCCAGAGAGACGACAUCCUCUGCACCGACUGCGGACGCGAGAAGUGAACACACACACUCGCACUCACAAAAUACAAAACAUCACACACACACUCACACACACACACACCCAUAUAGACAGACACACUGCAGACAGGAGAAGUGAGUGCCGACCAGUGACCCCACACACACACGGGCAAAUACAAACACACACACACACAGAAACACUCUCACACACACACACACACACACACACACACACACACACACACACACACACACACACACACACACACACACACACACACACACACACACACACACACACACACACACACACAAACUGACUGACCAGAGGCCGACAGCGGAUGGGAAAAAUGAGUUGUCCAAGGAUAGACAUAAACGACGACCCACACACAGACAGCCACAAAUAAACACACACUCACACAACCUCACACCACGGGCUCUCUCUUUCUCAACCACACAUGCACACACAGAGACAUAGACACACACACACACACACACACACACACACACACACACACACACACACACACACACACACACACACACACACACACACACACACACACACACACACACACACACACACACACAGUUGAGAGUCCGGAGGCUAAAAGAAAAACACAUGUGGCCCUGGCACUGGACACACACACACACACACACAUAGAGAAAAGCCAAGGAUGUGUGCGUGUGCGUGUGGGUGUGCGUGUGUGUUUGUGUUACGUGUGUGGGUGUGGUAGUGGGAGUAUAUGCUUGGGUGCCGCAUGAGUGUGUGUGUCUGUGUGUACAUUUCCGACCACAGCACGGGAUAUUUAAACUUAAAUAGCAUAGAGUAGCACUGCAUUUCCUCGUGAUGGAUUGAAGCUUUUGGUGAAGACUUAAUGCCAAUUGUCGUCAGGCACGGUAAAAAUACAGCAGCUAAUCUUAGCCCGGCGGCGGUGAUGACACAGAGGGCCGUGCCGCGGUCCGGAACGUGCCGUAAUCACCGUGAAGUGAUUGCUGAUCACCGUAAAACCCCACGAUGAGGUCAUGACACUGUGUAAAAGAGGCCUGUCCAGCCUGGCUGCCUCGACCUGGGUUCAUGCUAUAUUUGUCUUUUAUGCCAAGGCAUCUGAAUAAGCCCUGCUUUAUUGUAUUACACUGUAUGUGUGAAUGCACUCUGCCUGCCAGGCCCGUCACAAUCAGGCAAGCAAACAACGCAGUAGCCUAGGGCACCCCAGCUGAACGGAAGGGGCUUCUCUGGGCCUCGGCUGUGGCUCAAACGGCUAAGGCAAUAUAGUGUUAUGCCAGUGACCCAAGUUCAAUUCUGGACAGAGCUCAUGUCUUGAUCCUCCUCCAUAUUGUUCUCUCUCUCCCCAAAUGCUUACCUGUGACCAUCUUCACUGUCCUGUCUCAAAUUAACAUACAAAUUCCCCCAACAAUCAAAAGCUUAAAAUCUUUCUUGAGGUGGGUCCCCUCUGGCCUGUUUAUCAUCGACUUUCAAAUCUCUUCGAGACUUGGUCUCUCCAAGAGCAUAACAAUUAACAUUUCCCAAACGGCAUGGUUGACCCGCCUCCAUUGGUUUGCUAAUGGUUGUUUGCUCUCCGACAAAGUGGGACAAGUUCCCCGAUUUUGCAGGAGCUCAGAAACAUUUGUAUUGCUCCUGGCCUGCCUAGAAGCAACGCUGAAUCCCCUCCCCAGUAGAAUACAGUAGUUCGAGGGGAAGAAAAUGGCCCCAAGAAGACGCUUUCUGCCUACAUCGCCCAAAUACCGUGAAACGGCCCUGCUGCUUGGCCCUGGGUUCACGCUAUAUUUAUACCAUGUCUUUAAUGCCAAGGCAUCUGAAUAUGCACAGUUUUAUUGCAUUAUGAAUUUAGUAAUAAAAAAGAGACUGAUGUGAAGUUCUGUAUUAUUAUCUAGUGAAGUGUCCUGUACUGCUACACACUGGUGCCAUUAUUUCUGCUGCAUGAUUAAAACGGUGGAUUGUUAAGCUAUUAACCAUGGAUGGUGCUAUAUGAUGUAUUCAAGAUGUGCCUUAAUUAAUGAACUACUGUAGCCUAUUACACACAGAAUUUGAAGAUGUGUUGAUUUGUGCCUUGUGCCUAUGAAAUA